AUGGAAAUACCUCUCAGUGAUGGAUGUCAUUGUACACAAAAUAAUGAUCAUACACAAUCGCUUUUUCCAAUAAAGAGUGAAUUGUAUUGGCAUGCAGUGAAAGUAUGUAGUGGGCUGAAAGGACAUGGCAUACAUUCAGCUAAUCGAAUGAAAGCUGCUGGUUUUCAAUAUACAGGAGUAGGUGACACUGUUCAAUGCGAUAUAUGCGGUCUUAAAGUGUCUGAAUGGAUUCCAGAGAUGGAUCCAUUUUCUAUUCAUCUUGAACGUAAUGCGAAUUGUUCAUUUGUUCGUUCUGUGCAAUCAAAGAAUAAGUGGAUAUCUAACGAUGAAGAAAAUCCGGCCAAACGACAGAACAAAGUGGUCGAACUAGAAACACUCAAACAAGUACGCCGACGAACAUUUUCACAUUGGCCACAAGAAACAGCACUAAUGAAAGAGCAAAUGAUCAGUGCUGGAUUUUUUCAGUGCAAUGUUGGAGAUCGUGUUAUUUGUUUAUAUUGUAACAUCAUUUGUCAGCAAUGGGAAGGAAACAUGGAUGAUCCCAUUGAAGUUCAUAAAACGCUAUCGCCAAUAUGUCCUUAUGUGCGAUCUAUGCUAACACAAACGGAACCUUCAUCGAUUUCGAUUGUAAAUGAAAUAUCAACGGAUACUAGUGAUAGUCAAACAGCUGUAUUGAAUGAUCUCAAUCGAUUUCGAUUCGAACAACUUGUUUAUACAUCACCAUCCCAUAUAGAUUAUACGAGUAUUCCAAGUCGACAAGCAACUUUUGAAACAUGGAGCAAUCAAUUAUCACCUUCUAUUGAUGACUUGGUUAAAGCCGGUUUCUUUUAUACUGGUGUAAGAAAUAUUGUCCGAUGUUUUUAUUGUAACGGAUCAUUACAGAAUUGGAGCGAAAAUGAUAAUCCAUUAAUUGAACACAUAAGGUGGUUUCCACAUUGUGCAUAUGCGAAACAAUUAAGCGGCAACGAACUUUACAAUAAAGUUCAAAAAGCCAAAAAUGAUGAUUUUGUCAGCGAUUGUGAUCUACUCAUCGCUUGUGUCAUUCUUCAAAAACAAAUCGAACAUAUCGAUGGAAAUAAAGAUAAUAUCAUCGUACCAAGUAUUAAAAUGAAAUUAAUUCGUGACCGAGAACAAUCUGAUACUUUGGUUCGAAAACAGUUUGUCUCACCACCACUUUCACCAACGUCAACAAAUGAUUCAUCGAAUAAAGCAAACGAUACAUCAGCACAAGCAUCAUCUGUAAUUGAGCCAAUGAAUACGGACACCACGAAUGAACUUUCAAAAGUAGAAGAACCUACUUCAGAAACUAAACUGUCAGCAAAUAAUCCCUGUGUUUUAUGUUGCAAAGAAGAGAAACGUCUGGCUUGUAUUCCAUGUGGUCAUCUAGUAGCUUGUGUUAGUUGUAGCCAAACAAUUCGUACAUGUCCUAUAUGUCGUAGGGAAAUCGAAGCAUUUGUGCGCAUUUAUAUUUAA